CAGCGGUACACCUCUCAACAAUCUGGAGGAGCAAAUGACCACGUAUGCCUAUUAUUACACUGGAAUCGGUGCUGGUGUGCUUGUUGCUGCCUACAUUCAGGUUUCAUUCUGGUGCCUGGCAGCUGGAAGACAAAUACACAAGAUUAGAAAACAGUUUUUUCAUGCUAUAAUGCAACAGGAGAUAGGCUGGUUUGACGUGCAUGAUGUUGGGGAGCUUAACACCCGGCUCACAGAUGAUGUCUCCAAAAUUAAUGAAGGAAUUGGUGACAAAAUUGGAAUGUUCUUUCAGUCAAUAGCAACGUUUCUCACCGGUUUUAUAGUAGGAUUUACACGUGGUUGGAAGCUAACCCUUGUGAUUUUGGCCGUCAGUCCUGUUCUUGGACUGUCAGCUGCCAUCUGGGCAAAGAUACUCUCUUCAUUUACUGAUAAAGAACUCUUGGCGUAUGCAAAAGCUGGAGCAGUCGCUGAAGAGGUCUUGGCAGCAAUCAGAACUGUGAUUGCAUUUGGAGGACAGAAGAAAGAACUGGAAAGGUACAACAAAAAUUUAGAAGAAGCUAAAAGAAUUGGGAUAAAGAAAGCUAUUACAGCCAACAUUUCUAUAGGUGCUGCUUUCCUAUUGAUCUAUGCAUCAUAUGCCCUGGCAUUCUGGUAUGGGACCUCCUUGGUCCUCUCAGGAGAAUAUUCUAUUGGGAAAGUACUCACUGUCUUCUUUUCUGUAUUAAUUGGGGCUUUUAGUGUUGGACAGGCAUCUCCAAGCAUCGAAGCAUUUGCAAACGCAAGAGGAGCAGCUUAUGAAGUCUUCAAGAUAAUUGACAACAAGCCAAGCAUUGACAGCUAUUCAACGGUGGCCCUGGUUGGGAACAGCGGCUGCGGGAAAAGCACGACAGUCCAGCUGAUGCAGAGGCUCUAUGACCCCACGGAGGGCGUGGUCAGCAUCGAUGGACAGGACAUUAAGACCAUAAACGUAAGGUAUCUUCGGGAAAUUACUGGUGUGGUGAGUCAGGAACCUGUGUUGUUUGCCACCACAGUAGCUGAAAACAUUCGCUAUGGCCGUGAAAAUGUCACCAUGGAGGAGAUCAAGAAAGCUGUCAAGGAAGCUAAUGCCUAUGACUUUAUCAUGAAACUGCCUAAUAAAUUUGACACCCUGGUUGGAGAGAGAGGGGCCCAGCUGAGUGGUGGACAGAAACAGAGAAUCGCCAUCGCACGAGCCCUGGUUCGUAACCCCAAGAUCCUCCUGCUGGACGAGGCCACAUCAGCCUUGGACACUGAGAGUGAAGCAGUGGUUCAGGCGGCCCUGGACAAGGCCAGAAAAGGCCGGACUACCAUUGUGAUAGCUCAUCGAUUGUCUACAGUUCGAAAUGCUGAUGUCAUCGCUGGUUUGGAUAAUGGAGUCAUUGUGGAGGAAGGCAAUCAUGAUGAACUCAUGAAAGAGAAAGGCAUUUACUUCAAACUUGUGAUGAUGCAGACAGUACCCCAUGUGGCUAUUGAGCACUUGAAUGGAAAUGAAAUUGAAUUUGAAAAUGCAAUUGGUGAAUCCAAAAGUGAAACUGAUGCCUUGGAAAUGUCUCCAAAAGAUUCAGAAUCAAGUCUAAUACGAAGAAGAUCAACUCGCAAGAGUAUCCGUGCACCACCAGGCCAGGAGGGAAAGCUUAGUACAACAGAGGGCAUGGAUGAAAAUGUACCUCCAGUUUCCUUUUGGAGGAUUCUGAAGCUGAAUAUAACCGAAUGGCCUUAUUUUGUAGUUGGCAUAUUUUGUGCCAUUAUAAAUGGAGGCCUGCAACCGGCAUUUGCAAUAAUAUUUUCAAGGAUUAUAGGGGUUUUUACCAGAAAUGAGGAUUCUGAAACAAAACGACAGAAUAGUAACAUGUUUGCACUAUUGUUUCUUAUCCUUGGAAUUAUUUCUUUUAUUACAUUUUUCCUUCAGGGCUACACGUUUGGCAAAGCUGGAGAGAUCCUCACCAAGCGGCUCCGAUACCUGGUUUUCCGAUCGAUGCUGAGACAGGAUGUGAGCUGGUUCGAUAACCCUAAAAACACCACUGGAGCAUUGACUACCAGGCUUGCCAAUGACGCAGCUCAAGUUAAAGGGGCUACAGGUUCCAGGCUUGCUGUAAUUGCCCAGAAUAUAGCAAAUCUUGGGACAGGCAUUAUCAUAUCCUUCAUCUAUGGCUGGCAAUUAACACUUUUACUCUUAGCAAUUGUACCCAUCCUUGCAAUAGCAGGACUUGUUGAAAUGAAAAUGUUGUCUGGACAAGCACUGAAAGAUAAGAAAGAACUAGAAGGUGCUGGGAAGAUCGCUACUGAAGCAAUAGAAAACUUCCGAACUGUUGUUUCUUUGACUCGGGAGCAGAAGUUUGAAGAUAUGUAUGCACAGAUUUCAAAAUGUCUUCUUUUCAGAAACUCCUCGAGGAAAGCACACAUCUUUGGAAUCACAUUUGCCCUCACCCAGGCAAUGAUGUAUUUUUCCUAUGCUGCCUGUUUCCGGUUUGGUGCCUACUUGGUAGCACAUCAGUUCAUGAGCUUUCAGGAUGUUCUGUUGGUAUUCUCAGCUGUUGUCUUUGGUGCCAUGGCAGUGGGGCAGGUCAGUUCAUUUGCUCCUGACUAUGCCAAAGCCAAAGUGUCAGCAGCCCACAUCAUCAUGAUCAUUGAAAGAACCCCUGUGAUCGACAGCUAUAGCACCGAAGGCCUACAGCCAACUACAUUGGAAGGAAAUGUGACCUUUAAUGAAGUCGUGUUCAACUAUCCCACUCGACCAGACAUCCCAGUGCUUCAGGGGCUGAGCGUCGCGGUGAAGAAGGGCCAGACGCUCGCCCUGGUCGGCAGCAGCGGCUGUGGGAAGAGCACAGUGGUCCAGCUCCUUGAGAGAUUCUAUGACCCCUUGGCUGGAACAGUGAAAUAUGACACCAGAGUAGGAGACAAAGGGACUCAGCUCUCCGGUGGCCAGAAACAGCGCAUUGCCAUAGCUCGUGCCCUUGUGAGACAGCCUCAGAUUUUGCUUUUGGAUGAAGCUACAUCAGCUCUGGAUACAGAAAGUGAGAAGGUUGUCCAAGAAGCUCUGGACAAGGCCAGAGAAGGCCGCACCUGCAUCGUGAUCGCUCACCGCCUGUCCACCAUCCAGAACGCAGACUUGAUAGUGGUGAUUCAGAACGGCAGAGUCAAGGAGCACGGCACGCACCAACAGCUGCUGGCGCAGAAAGGCGUCUAUUUUACCUUGGUCAGCGUCCAGGCUGGAGCAAAGCGCUAGUGAACUGUGACCAUAUGAGCUGUUAAACAUUUUCUAAUAUUUGUUAAAUGUGGCAUUUAAUCAAAGUUAAAAAGCGAGUGCUUACUCAGUAAACUAUGUAGAGUUACCUAUUUAACAUUUCCUGCCACAGUGGGAGAUCAUUCCACCACGUUCUGAGUCUUCAGAGACUAUAAUGAAAGAAACAGAAAGAAUCAUCAUCAAAUGGAGUAAAAUAAUGGUUUUAA